GACGGUUGAACUCGCGCGGGAACAGUCCCGGCGGCGGCAUCAUGGCGGCCUUCAGGGACAUGGAGGAGGUGAGCCAGGGGCUGCUCAGCCUGCUGGGCGCCAACCGCGCCGAGGCGCAACUGAGGCAGCUGCUGGGGCGCCACGAACGGAUGGUGGGGCGCCUGCUGGAGACGCAGGACGAGGCGGAGCAGCGGCUGCGAGACCUCCGGGCUUUGGAAAUGGAAGCAGCGCAGAACCUUCUGGCAGCCAAGGAGCGGGCCCGCCUGGCAGACUCGGAGCUGCAGGAGCUGGAGGCGGAGCUGCGGGGCGCGAGCCAAGAGGACGAGGGGCUGCGGGCAAGCCUGGGCCAGCUGGGCCUCCAGCUGCAGGAGCUCCGGGCCGCGCAGGCCGAGCUGGAGCACGACGAGCAGGAGGUGGACCGGACCACCACCAUCAGCAUCCCCGCCGCCGUGUAUGUGGCUCAGCUUUACCGUCGAAUCAGCAAGAUCGAGUGGGACUAUGAGAAUGAUCCUGGAACCAUCCGGGGCAUCCAUCACGGCCCCAGCGUGGCCCAGCCCAUCUCUCUGGACGCCUCCCAGCUCUCCAAGAAGUUCAUCAGCGACUACCUAUGGGCCUUGGUGGACACGGAGUGGUAGCUGGGCCGGGGGCUGGGGAGGUGACUCAGUAGGUGAACCACUGCCCACUGCCCCGGGUUCAAAUCCCAGCACCGAAUCUGGUAGCUCCCAGCCCACUCUGAAAAUAAAAAUGCAAAUCAAGGACUGUACAAA